AUGACAGUCGACAUCAAACAUCUCGACGCUCAUGAGCAACCGUCGGAUGAGCUGCGGGCCAGGUGGAAGGCUUUUUCACGGACGGAACCCAAGGAUCUGCGGGAAGAGGACAUCGACGAUCUCCAGAACCCAAGAAGCGCCGCAGAGUUUUGCACAGCCGGUACUAUCCCCGUCGACACCUUAAACAGGUCAUUCCGGCAUAUCUGCUCCGAAGCAACCCCUGAGUUCCAGGCCACGGAGGACGCACAAAUAUACUACCAUCCUCUCCUUCCAGGCCUCUUCAUCAUCCCCUCUCUCGUCCCCCCCUCGGUCCAACGAAACCUCCUCAACCACCUCGUCCACCGCGACCUCAGCAACCCCGUCCACCAAACCAACCUCCACCUCCACUACGACCUCCCCUACCCAACACCCCUCUCCCAACCCAACCCCUCCUCGUUCUCGUCUUCCUUCUUCACCUACCCCCCAACAACCCCAGCCCCCACCUUCACCCCCAAAGACCCAACCAUCCACAAGCCCCUCACCAUCAAACAAGUCCUCGAGCGCCGCCUCCACUGGGUCACCUUAGGCGGGCAAUACGACUGGACCAAUCGCGUCUACCCAGACGCCUCCUCCUCUUCUUCCACAGCCGACGGCGACGACGCUCACCCCUUCCUGCCCCGUUUCCCAGGCGACGUAGCCGGGUUCUUGCAGACGCUGUUUCCUGCUACGGAGGCGCAGGCGGCGAUUGUGAAUUUUUAUACGCCGGGGGACACGAUGAUGAUGCAUCGGGAUGUGUCAGAGGAGACGGAUAAGGGGUUGGUGAGUGUUAGUUUGGGGUGUGAGGGGUUGUUUAUGAUUGCUCCGAAUAAGGAGGAGGGGGGGGGUGAAGGUGGGAGUGGGGGGGUUACUACUGGGAAUGGGGAUGGGAGUGGGAUUGGGAAAGGGAAAGAGUUUCUGCUGUUGCGGUUGAGGUCUGGGGAUGCGAUCUACAUGACGGGAGAGUCGAGGUUUGCGUGGCAUGGAGUCCCUAAGGUGUUGAAGGGGACGUGUCCUGCGUAUUUGGAAGAUUGGCCGGCGGAAAAGGGGCAGUUUGAGGAGUGGAGGGGGUGGAUGCGGAAUAAGAGGAUUAAUCUGAAUGUUAGGCAGAUGAGGGAUUAG